AUGAGUUCUCCAUUUAGAUCAGAUAUGGCAAAACAUUAUAAAAUUGUAAGAUUGAUAACUUUUAUUAUCAACAAAAACAUCACAAGUGAUUUGUUAGAUGAUGUACAACUCCCAUCUUCUUUUCCAUACGCUGAAAAAUCAAUAGUAAUUACAAUUGAUCAUACAAUCAAUGAUAAUAAUACAGUAUGUCACGAUAUCAAAGUCAACUAUAAACUUUUUUCACUUUGGUUGUUUUUAUUAAAAUAUACAUUAAAUGAAGUGAUUAAUAUCAUUAGAGACAGAGAAAAACCAAUUAUUACGGUUAAAAAGUUAUUAAAAGAAAUUAUAAAGAGGGAAAUAAUUAGUGAUCAAAUUGAAAUAUUCGAACCAGAGAGAGUAUUACUCAGUCCUGAUAGUGAAGUAAAGUUAGUAGAAAUAUUCAAUAAUAAAAUAGUUCAGUAUAAAUAUAUAAAAAAAUCAAUUAUAGAUAUUGGUAAUAACGAAUAUUGUGAUGAAGAUUCUUUUGUUUUAGAUUCAGAAGAGGCCGAAAAUGAAGUAGAUGAAUAUGAAUAUGAAUAUGAAGACGAAGACGAAGACGAAGACGAAGAUGAACAUGAAGAUGAAGAUGAGGACGAAGAUGAACAUGAGGAAGAAAUUGAAAAUCAAGAACCUCCUUCAGAAUGGCUUAAAGAUAGUGAAUAUUGUCCUCCUGGUGUUACAUUUUCCCAAGAGCAAUUAAAUAAUAUAGAAUUUAUGAAAAAAAAUAUUUUACCACGCGAAUAUGAAAAACAAGGUCCAAAAGAAUCUCUUCCAUCAAAUAUUCCUCCAGUUAGAGAUAACGUUAUUCAGCAUGUUUUUGAACUAUAUUUUACCGACUUUCUCAACCGUUUGGUUAUUUCAACGAAUAAUUACAAAAGGUAUAAAAAAAUUUCAGCAAAAGAAAAAGCCAACUACACACCACAAUCAUCACAAUCAAAUUCACAACCACCAUGGUAUUCCCUUUAUGACGAUUUUACUUUGGAGGAAAUUAGAAUCUAUUUAUCAAUUUUCCUAUUUGCUGGUUUAAAUAGAAUUACAAAUAUUCAUGAUUAUUGGGAAAAACCAAAAGGUUCAUGUCUUUCACUUUCAAAUUAUAAUCCAACUAUUGUAAAAUUAAUGUCAUUUAAAAGGUUUAAAGCUAUCCAUAAAUGUUUUCGUUGGGAAGGUUUUGGUACUAAACAUCAAACUGCCAAUCAUGAACUAAUUUAUGAAUAUGCCAAUGAAUUAAUAAAGAAGCAUUAUUCACCAAGUUUUGAAUUUUCUUUUGAUGAUGAUCUUUUUGGAUGGAGUGGUAUUGGUGGUUCAAAAAAGAUGGUUCCAGGUAAAGCUGAUAAAGUUGGUAAUGUUUUAUGGAAAUUGGUUGAUAAAUUCAAGUAUACUUAUCAUUUUGAAAUUGAACAUCUUGUAUCUAAAAUCUUGAAAGCUCAAGCUCAAACUCAAGAUGGAAAUGAUAUGGUAGAUCAACCAAAGAAAUCAAAGAAACCAAAUUUGGGUUACGAAAUUUUAAAUAGAGCGUUAAAUAAAGUAAAAGAAGUUGAAGAGAUUGCAACUAGAGGGUCCAACUGUUUUGUUAUUGACGCUGGUUAUUUGGGUGGUGUAAAAAAUGUUAACCUUUUAAGUUUAUCUGGUUUUUAUUUUAUAGUUUUAAUUGCCUCAAAUAGAAUUGGUUCACUAUUCAAUUUUAUAGAACCCAGAGCUAUAAAAUCCAAAUUAAAAUUUGAUAAUGUUGGUGAUUGUCUUUAUGCUCAAAAUGGUCAAUAUACAGCCAUAGCAUGGCAAUGUAAAAAAAAUAAAAUGUUUUACUCUUUAACGAAUAUACCAAAACCAAUUUUUAAAGAGAAAUAA